CCCAUCAUGCAACAUGACCGUGCGUCAGCGCGUGUGGAAAGUCUCACGUGUUUUUGAACACAACAAUGAAUCAUAACGCUAAAAACAUCGUGUAAGAGGAAUCCACUGCGUUUCUUACGCUGGGAGUGGAAAGGCAUGUGCACCCGGAUCGGGUUAUUCUGGUUCGGACACGAUUGUCUGCUUAGUCAGCGAAGUGAUUGCGGUUAUCACCCCUCACACACACCGGACAGUGUGAGCGCACGAGAGGCGCGGCUCCUAUCCUCGCGCUGUAGCGUCCCGGGCGGCUCGUUCAUGUGAAACAGGGCGUGUUCCGGUCAACAGUGAGUCUCUGCUCUGCGAUGAUCCGGCUGGCUGUGUUGCGCUCGCUCGUGGCCCGUCACACGCCGGGUCCGGGUCACCUACACGCCCGGUUCCUCGGGACACACCGACGCAACAUCAACCCGGAGCAGCUGGAGCUCCCGAGUCAGGCGCGCGAGUUCGUGUACAGCCUGAGCCCGGUGACCCGGAGCUGCUUACUGAAGGAGCUGCAGAGCUUCGAGUCCAAGACUCAAGACUCGGAGGAAUCGUCUCCGCUGACGGCCGCUCAGUUCAGAUACAUUCUCCUGCACAAUGCCAUUCCCUUCAUCGGCUUCGGCUUCCUGGAUAACGCCAUCAUGAUCGCCGCCGGCACUCAGAUCGAACUGUCCAUCGGAUUGACACUGGGAAUAUCCACCAUGGCAGCCGCGGCUCUGGGGAACCUGGUGUCUGAUCUGGCUGGACUCGGUUUAGCAGGUUACGUGGAGGCUCUGGCUACACGCUUGGGGAUGCAGAUUCCUGAUCUCACACCCAAACAAGUGGAUAUGUGGCAGACCAGAGUCACCUCACACAUGGGUAAAGCCAUCGGCAUCACUAUCGGAUGCAUUCUGGGAAUGUUUCCGUUGCUCUUCUUAAGCGAUGAUGAUGAUGAUGAUGAUGAUGAGGAGAAGAAGAAGAAGACGAUAAAGAAUCAUCCAAACUCUAAAUGAAAGGCUUUCUAUGUGCAUGACAACAUUUAUAUCGACAGAAUGAAGAAAUCAAGCAAAAGAACGAAUGCUCACGCGUUAACAUCAUCACCAGAGUAAUGAAAACAUGUUUAGAGAGUAGCUGGUUACUCUAGAGAUGAGCACGAGUUGAGUUUCUCUUCAUCAACACUAUUUCACAGGUCUGUUCACAGCACGAACGAUAACUCUAACGAUUGAUUCAUUACUGUAUUUGUCGGACUAUAAGUCGCACCUGAGUAUAAGUCACAUCAGUCCAAAAAUACGUCAUGACGAGGAAAAAAAACAUGUAUAAGUUGCAUUUAUUUAGAACCAAGAACCAAGAGAAAACAUUACCGUCUCCAGCCGCGAGGAGAAUUAACUAGCACUGAGCAGCACAGAGCGCCCUCUGGCGGCUGGAGACCGUAAUGUUUUCUCCCGGUUCAUGUCAAAUUAAUUUUGAUAAAUAAGUCGCACCUGACUAGAAGUCGCAGGACCAGCCAAACUAUGAGAAGAAGUGCGACUUAUAGUCCGGAAAAUACAGUACUUAUAAUGAUCUCUCCACACUACGAUGAUAACGACAGAGGAACGAUAGGAUCCUUGCUUUAGUCCAGACUGGUUCAAACAGGAAUAUCAUUCUGUUCUCCUCUGAUCGUGUCAGUGCUGUUUAAUCUAUAUUACUGAAUAUUAAUAGUCUUAUGAACCUGAAGACUGUUGUAGUUAUUAUUCUCGGUGUGAACGGGCCUCUGUGGCUUGUCUUCACUGAUAUUUCGUCUGGUUUGCUGUUUCUUCAGAUUCUAGCAGCAUGUUUCUCUGCGAAGCGUUUAGUGAAGAAUGAAGUGUGUUUUAGUUUAGUCUGAAGUGAAUAACUCUCAUCUCUGCCAAACCUGGGUCAAACUGGAAGCAAGGGUUAAGAACAUUUACUGGAGAUUGUAUCUUUGCAACAUCAUGAAACCAAAUAUAUCACAUAUCAAUAUGAUUUAAACUGGAAGUAGAUUUAUCCUGAACAGCACAAACUGUGUGUUAGCGUAUGCUAAUUACUGGACACUAUGCAUUAUAAUAAAUAUUCAUGUAUAUGUAAUUAUCGCACAGCUGGACAUGUAGUCUACUUUACAAUAUUUCAGAUUCUGAUUAUUUUUGUGAGACUACAUGGAAUAUUUGUACUUUUAUAAAUUAGUUUGUCACUGCACAGAACUAUUGUAGUGAACCGUGCACAGAAUAUUAGAUUUGUUCAAAGAUAUUGAUUAAUGUUAUUUGUGAACAUGCUCUAAAUGUCAUGUUGUGUCACUUUGAUUUGAAUUCAUAUUUGUUGAUUUGAUUUCAGUCAUUCGAUCCAGAUUCCAGUUAUAUCAGAGAGUUACAGGAAACACUUCACAAUAAUGUUUACAUGAACUAACAAUGAAAAAUACUUCUUAAGCAUUUAGACUUUAUUGUGAAGUGUUACAAAAGUAUGAAAUGGAAUAACAUCCCCUGAAGUUUUCACACUGCAACUGAUUUUAAUAAAAUGCUUUUAUUGACAAUAUAAAAAUC